AUGGCUUCUACUACCCAGAAGUUCACCGUCUUCAUUGCCGGCGCCUCAGGCGAGACGGGCAGCUCUAUCCCCCAGCAGUUCGACGUUGUCGCCCUGGCCCGGCCCGAGUCGGUCAACAACAAGUUCUACACGAGCAUCUCAGAGCAAGGAGUCAAGGUCAUUCCCGUCAACGUCCGCGACGUCGACGCCCUCGUUAAGAUCAUCAGCGGCGGCGGCGACACGCCCGCCUCUUCGGCCAUUGUCAUCUCGUGCAUGACGCUCACCGAGCUGCCGGGCGAGCUGGCCCUCGUCGAGGCCUCGCGCCGGGCGCGCGUGGGCCGCCACGUGCCGAGCUUCUUCGCUACCGUGUGCCCGCCGCGGGGCGUCAUGGAUGUGCGCACGGCCAAGGAGGACGUACUCGAUACUAUUAAGCGGGCCUAUAUGCCCUAUACGGCGAUCGACAUUGGCUGGUGGGCUCAGUGGUGCCUGCCCCGCCUGCCGUCGGGCAAGCUCGACAGCGCCCUCGCGUUCCCCGUCUACGAGAUUGUCGGUGCGGGCGACGUUCCCUGCGCCUUCACUGACGUCACCGACGUCGGCGCCUACGUGGUACGCAUUAUUUCGGACCCCCGCACCAUCAACCGCCUCGUCUUUGCGUACGGCGAUGUCCGCACGCAGACCGAGAUCUGGGACAUGUUUGAGCGCCUCUCAGGAGAGAAGAUCCCGCGGCCCGUGCUGUCUCCCAAGGGCGUCGAGGAGGUCAUUGCGAAUGGCCGCGAGAAGUUCGCAAAGGACCCGACCAACUACGGCCCCCUCGCCGACAAGGGUAUGGCCGAGUACAAGUACUCGUACGCCGUCCGGGGUGAUAAUACGCCCGAGCACGCCAAGUACCUCGGAUACCUAGAUGCUACGGAGCUAUAUCCUGAUGUCAAGAUCAAGACGGUUGAGGACUACGCACGCGAGGUCCUUGACGGUAAGAACCUCGGUGUGGUGUACGCGGGCAAGGAUAACCACCCAAUGAAAUACAUGUCGGUGCCGAAAUACGAGUAGGGUGUAACGACCAGUCAACACGGGUCGCGCUGUCUAGGCUGCAGGUAGUACAAACAGGACAGAAGGUUGUAGAGCCGGGCCAGGGA